GCGGGGACUUCGGUCGUGGCUGAGGGUUGCUGAAGCGGCGGAAAUGGAGCGGAUGAAAGUGGUCCUCGGGCAUCUGACCGGCUCCCCGCAACGGCGGGUCUGGGCGCCUUCCCCUUGCCGGGCCUCGCUGUCCGGCCCGGACGACGUGGUGGUGGUGCACGGACUACGGACCCCCAUCGCCAGGAGCAAACGGGGCGGCUUCAAGGAAACUACACCAGACGAACUCCUGGCUGCAGUCAUGACUGCUGUCCUGAACGAUGUCAAGCUAAGCCCCGAGCAGCUGGGCGAUAUCUGCGUGGGGAAUGUACUUCAACCUGGUGCUGGAGCCGCGAUGGCGAGAAUUGGGCAGUUUAUAAGUGGUAUCCCAGAGACCGUCCCAAUAUCGAGUGUUAACAGGCAGUGUUCAUCUGGGCUGCAAGCUCUAAUUAAUAUUGCUGGUGGCAUUAGAAAUGGCUCCUAUGAUAUUGGUUUGGCCUGUGGAGUGGAAAGCAUGUCCCUCCGCAGCGCUACCGACCCUGGGGAUGUCAGCUCUCGCAUCAUGGACUUCAGCAAAGCGAGGGACUGCCUGAUACCAAUGGGAAUAACUUCUGAAAACGUGGCAGAAAGAUUUGGUAUCUCCCGAGAAAAACAAGAUGCUUUCGCCCUUGCUUCUCAACAAAAAGCAACUCGAGCUCAGAAGUUGGGGUGGUUUAAAAAUGAGAUUGUCCCCGUGAAUACCACCUUCACCGACGACCAGGGCACCGAGAAAAAGAUCACUGUGCUGCAGGACGAAGGGAUCAGGCCCAACACCUCGUUGGAGGGAUUGGCCAGGCUGAAGCCGGCCUUCCAGGAGAAUGGGACGUCCACAGCUGGUAACUCCAGCCAAGUGAGCGACGGGGCUGCUGCGGUGCUCCUGGCCAGGCGUUCUGCAGCUGUGCAGCUGGGCCUUCCUGUCCUUGGGGUGCUGAAAUCAUUCGCUGUGGUUGGAGUCCCACCAGAUGUGAUGGGCGUAGGGCCGGCCUAUGCCAUCCCUGUGGCACUGAAAAAAGCCGGUUUGACAGUGAACGAUAUCGAUGUGUUUGAAAUCAACGAGGCCUUUGCGAGUCAGGCGGUCUACUGUGUGGAGAAACUUGGUAUCCCCAUGGAGAAAGUGAACCCACUCGGGGGUGCCAUUGCUUUGGGACAUCCUCUGGGGUGCACCGGGGCUCGGCAAGUUGUCACUUUGCUUAACGAGCUGAAGCGCAGAGGGAAGAGAGGCUAUGGCGUGGUUUCAAUGUGCAUUGGGACCGGGAUGGGAGCAGCUGCGGUAUUUGAAUAUCCGGGAAAGUGAGCAGAACUGAAACGCUCUUCACACAACCUGCCCUCCAGGCCUGGAAAAUAACCUGUGGAUCCGUUCUGAUGGGCGGUCCGGCUUUUUUGACUGUUUAGAGGUGAACCCUCCUCAGUGGGCAGAGCUUUUGAAAUCCCGAGCCAUGGGAAAUGAAUUUGGGAAUGGGGGGGUAGCAAGGACCAUUGGCUGCUGGGUCUUUAGGUAAACCUAUUAAAAACAGGUCCUUUUUCUAUGAAUUAAUCACUGGGGGCGGGGUGAGGGGGUCUACCUGUCCAAUGGAGGUGGGUUGGGGCUGGCAGAGGGAAAGAGGGGUACCUGAGGAACUUGACUGAUCAGCAGUCUGAAACAGAUUGCCUUGUCUGCAGUGCUGGGAUUAAUGUGCAAUUGGAACAAGGUGUUUUUCUCCUCCCACAAGAAUCCUUACUCCAAUGAGUAAAUUCCCUAAAGUAGCCAGUGUACUGCUUUUGGAUGGGGGGGAGAGUAAUGAUUAUUAGAAUCACGUAGAAAAUGGGGUGCCGGUGCAUUUGGAAACAAUAAAAAAAAAAUCAUAGCACAGCAUUUAUGAUUGCUUCUGAGGUCCAUUUUCAAAGUUUUCUAGGAACUCAUAAGCAGCUAUUGCUGGCUUGGUUUCUCUUUUUUUUUCCCUUUUGUUAAGGUAAUUUUAGUUUAUCCCGCAUUAUUUUUGAAGAUGAACUGGGACCAGAUACGUGUUUUUUUUUUUAAAAAAGAAAAUAUUACUGUUACCAUGAACAGGAGGAAAAUGUAUUUUCAAAUCCUUAAAAGGAAAAGCAGCAAAAUAAGCAAGUUAAGGAAUCUCAUGAUUCAGCUGCUGGUCCUAGCAAGAAAUAGCUCAUAAUUGCUUUGCUGGUGUUCUAAGGAGCUAAACCAAUUCUUAAAAGGUGUUUUAAUCAACUAAUUAAAUUUCUGUUAACAAGUUGAAUUACAUUAAUAAAGUCUUCGAAGGGUUCUG